GGACUUUUAAAAUGCUGCAAGAUUUAGGCCCCCAGCUGCUGCACAACCAGUAGUGUUUAGCCUUAUAUUUCUGCCGCUACUAUUAUUUCUUUGCCACUGCCAAACUCUUUCUCAGCGCCGCAACAAUCUGAAACCGCCAUUUUCACCAGGUGACAGCCAGGGGGCAAGCAGCAAACCAAAGCCGGCCUCUGAGCCCCCGCCGCUGGGCCAGGUCCAGGCCGCGCAAGUGGCGUUUUCGCAAUUUGGCUUCUCGAGAUUUGUAUGGCGUAACAGUAUCGCUGCGCCACGAAACUUCACUGUUGCUGACCAGUACCCAACUGCACGCCACUAAUCUACAUUCGGCGAGCACCUUUGUCUUCCACAGCGCCUACCUAGCCUCGUUGCUGCGCUGAAUGUGGAGGACGGAGAGAGGACGGCCGCGCAACCAGCAAACUGUCAGCCAGCCGAGGGCCUGCAAUGGAAAACUAACCCUUUCAUCCUGACGACCAGAACAAAGCGUAGAAUCUCCGCUAGAUACGAGUAUUCUUAGCAUUGCUUUUUGCUCGAUAUUUGCCGUCGGCACUCCCCUCUGCAUCGCGUACUGCAUAGUCUGGCACUUCCACCCACCACGACACACUCACCUACCAUGAGCGCUGCAGCUGGAUGCCCUCCAGGCGCGGACAACCUGUUGGGACCUCGCGUCGAGACAGCUUGUCGACCCUUUGACUUUACUCUAUUGUUUGAAGAUACCUUCUUUAACGUUGUUCCGGCGGUAACAUUUCUUCUUUUGCUGCCGCUUCAGCUCCGCCAAUUGCUCAAAGCGCAGACAAAACUCAACUCGUACGCGCUGGCGACCUGGAAGCUGGCGCUUCUAGCUCUUCUUUUUGCCCUGCACAUAGUGUAUCUUGUUAUUCUCUCCCAAAACUCGGCCCUGACAACCCAGCUUAGCCUCGCAUCUGGCGUACUCGCAGCUGUAGCGGUUCUAGGCGCUGGCAUCCUCUCCGUUGUGGAAGACCAACGUUCGGCGCGCCCAUCCGACAUACUCGUGCUCUACUUUUCCGCCUGUACCCUCCUUUCUCUUCCUCGACUACGAUCGCUAUGGCUUCUCAAUGCUACUACCGCGCCUAAGGCAGUUUGGACCGUCAUAUUCAUCCUAACCAUCGCUGUCGUCUGCGCUGAGUCCGUACGAAAGAAUCGAUUUCUGCUUCCGCCAUACAGGAGCUUAUCGACUGAGCAAACUGUCAGCUUUUGGAGCCGUGGCUUGUUUGUCUGGGUUCUACCAUUUUUCAAGUUAGGCUAUUCCAAAGAUCUCAAUGUGCACGACAUUCCCCAGGUCGACACUGCCCUGCGAGGCGAGGCGGCCUAUGCAAAGCUAGAAGCUUCUUGGAAUCAAACGUCUGGUCGCCAUCGAUUGCUUCGAUCUAUGUUCAAGGCUAAUCUGUGGCCAUUUUUCUCGGCUGUCAUUCCCCGCGUCUGCCUGUCGUGCUUCUCCUUUUCACAACCAUUUCUCAUCGCUGCGUCGGUGUCGAAUCUCCAAGACCGCGAGAAUGAAGACCACGCACGCUAUGGCCAUGCUCUUGUCGGGGCGUUUGUGCUUGUAUACAUGGGAAUUGCGAUAUCCCGAGCCCUCUACCAGCGUCAAAACUUUAGAAUGACGUCCCGAAUUCGCGCCGCUCUGAUUUCCAAAAUCUACCAGGAUACAACCGCCCUCCGACAUACGGAAAUCAAGGAUGCUGCAGCUGUGACAUUGAUGGGAACUGAUGUAGAGAGAAUCAUCGCUUCUCUGUCCCAGGUUCAUGAGAUUUGGGCGGCUGUGCCUGAAAUCAGCAUUGCAGUGUGGUUGUUGGUGCGUCGCAUCUCAUAUGCGGCAAUCGUUCCACUGAUCAUAUGUCUCAUUUCCAUUGUUGGGGCGUCUCAAAUCGCGGCCCAUUUCGGGCCAGCCCAGAUCGCUUGGAUCCAACGCGUGCAGAAGCGUGUAGCAGUUACUGCAAACAUGAUAAAUGACAUGAAAGUCGUCAAGAUGCUCGGCUUAUCAGAGGCACUCUACAAGAUCACGGCGCAGUUGCGGCGAGACGAGUUGCAUGCGUCAGAGCGGUUCCGCAAACUGCUUGUAAUGCAAAUUCUAACUGGAAAUGCGCCAGCUCUGUUUGCUCCUUUUGCUACCUUUGUCACCUAUGCAAUUAUUGCCAAGGUUAAGAGUGACCAAACGCUGCUAGCAGCUCAAGCAUUUGCCUCGCUUUCUCUCAUAAGUCUUGCGACAGAACCUCUCAUCAUGCUCUGCCAGGCCCUACCCAAUCUUAUGCAAGGUAUCGCAUGCUUCCAACACAUCGAAGACUAUUGCAUCAAAGUCAAGACAGAGGCGACAGCCUUCCCACCACUUCCUCCAUCUCAAGAUGCUACCGCAGUUGAAUUGGGAACGAAGGGCAAAACUUCGCAAACUAAAUCAAAAAGCCCUGCGUUUUCCUUCAAUAAUGCAGGCAUUACGUGGAGUUCAACAGACGAGAAAAGUGUGUUGCAUGAGCUGACUCUUGACAUCUUGCCAGGAUUCACGGCCAUUAUUGGACCUGUCGCGAGUGGGAAGUCAACACUGCUAGCCAGUAUAAUUGGCGAGACAGUUCUUAAGCAGGGUUUUAUGUCGCCGCCUCUGUCACGAGUCGCUUUCUGUCCGCAGACCCCAUGGAUCAUUGAUGACACUGUUCGCUGUAACAUCACCGGAUACGGAGAUUUCGACCAGGACUGGUACGACUUUACCAUAUCGUCUUGUGGCCUGUUGGAUGAUAUCAAAAGGUUCCCAUUGGGAGACAAGUUUCUUUGUGGCAGCAAGGGGGCAUCUCUGAGCGGCGGUCAGAGACAACGAGUAGCACUGGCGCGCGCCGUCUACUCCAGGCUUCCAAUUGUUAUUCUGGACGAUAUUAUGAGUGGUUUUGACUCAAAAACGACUGGCAAUAUUCUAGAGAAGUUGUUCAGCCAGAAUGGCUACUUCCGCAAGGCUGGUAUUUCUGUUAUACUGGCGACUCAUAGCCACCGCGUUUUGCCUUUCAUGGACUCUGUCGUCGUACUUGAGCACGGGACAGUUGUUGAAGUGAAACCCUACGACAAAAUUAAAGCACCAGCCCCAAAGUCCGCGUCUGACGAUGAGGCCGACUCCGAACAAAGCAACGAGGUUAAUGAUGACAGCACAACCAAUGUUCAAGGUGAUGCUCCGAGUGUACUGGAAGAUCCAGAGAUCGAACUGGAAAAAGACUCCUUACGCAGGCGCGGUGGAAGCUGGUCUGUAUACUCAUACUACUGUAGGAGUGCUGGCGUUGUGCCUCUAGUGCUCUGGGUGGGAUUCACUUUCGUUGGCGCUGUGACCGCAACGUACACUGCUGUAUGGAUACAGCAGUGGACGAAAGCGAAUGAGCAGCAUCCUAAUGAGCAAUUGGGGCUCUACCUCGGGAUUUACACAAUGCUGGUAGUACUGGCACUUCUCGCUGUCGCAGGUGAAUGCUGGGUAUUCUUCAUCAAAAUUAUCAGCGAAACGGCGCUCAAGCUUCAUGAUGAUUUGCUACGAGCCACAAUCAAUGCGCCCUUUUACUUCUUUCAAACCACCGAUGCGGGCACAAUCACCAAUCGAUUCAGUCAGGAUAUGGAUCUUAUCGACAUGACAUUGCCUGCUCAUGCCGUCACAUUCACCACAGGUACCGCAUCAUGCAUCGUUCAGCUCAUCUUCAUCUGUAUCGUGGGUAAGUAUCUUGCUGCGACGGUACCAGCACUUAUCUGCGUCCUCUUCGUCGUUCAGCGCUACUAUUUGCGCACGUCCAGACAGCUGCGUCUGAUGGACAUUGAAGCCAAGGCACCCAUCUACAAGGUUUUCCUUGAGACCACAGAAGGAGUAGCUCCUAUCCGAAGCUUUGGGUGGUCAACCGCUUUCCACAAGAGACAAGAUUAUGUACUUAAUAUCUCUCAGCGACCGCUGUACAUGCUUGCCUGUAUUCAGCAGUGGCUUGCUCUGGUUCUGGAUCUCAUUGUUGGAGGUCUGGCCGUUGUAAUCACCGCAUCUGCCACAGCUGAUACCAGUGCCAUCAGCGCAGGAGACCUUGGUGUGGCACUUGUGUUGGUAUUACAGUUCAGUACCCUUCUAACACAGAGCGUCCAGAACUGGACACGCCUCGAGACAUCCAUUGGAGCUGUUGCCCGUGUACAGCAGUUUCUGCGGGAUACCCCACCAGAGGCUCAUGGCACCGAAACGCUCCCAACUAAUUUCCCCGAGAGCGGUACCAUAUGCUACAAUAACGUCACAGCUAGCUAUGGGUAAGUCAUUUUGCGCCAACUUCUGAUAAUCAUCUAACUGUUCAAGGCCGGAUUCGGACCCUGUGCUCAAGAAUGUCGACCUAACCAUCCAGCCUGGCGAAAAGGUCAUUUUUUGUGGUCCAUCGGGUAGCGGCAAGUCGUCUCUCAUCAUGGCGACACUGAUGAUGAUGGAAGUACAUGGGGGGUCGAUCAAAAUUGAUGACACCAAUAUCAACACGGUUGCUGGGAAUGACUUGCGCCUCCAUCUCAAUGUUGUACCACAGGAUCCAUUCUUCAUGCCUGGUACUGUAAGGUUCAACAUCGAUCCCAAAGGUCAAUCCGGAGAUGAAUCCAUACAGGUCGCCCUUGGUAAGGUUGGCCUAUGGGACAAGAUUGACUCCAAGGGCGGCCUCGAUGCUGCGCUUGAUCCCUCCGAAUUAUCCCAUGGUGAGAAGCAGCUCAUGUGUCUUGCAAGAGCUAUGCUGGUCAAGAGUCAAAUUCUUAUUCUGGAUGAAGCGAUGAGCAGUGUUGACAGCGCGACGGAAGCCAAAAUGCAGGAUAUUGUCGAUGCCGAGUUUCAAUCGCAGACGGUGAUAUCAGUUUUGCAUCGAUUUGAUCAUGUCAGGAGCUAUAACCGCGUCGUUGUUUUGAGAAGCGGCGAGAUUGUCGAAUCUGGUACGCCAGAUGCCCUGUUGGCUUCGGGUUCGGCUUUCCAGGGCCUUUACAACGUCAAUAUUGAUUAAGGAAUAUAUUCCAGGUGUUGAGAAAUGUUAAUUACUAGAGCCUUCUAUAUCAAUGUACAUUCCAUAUGCCGAAUACAAAAAGUGAACACCCG